GGAGCUGCGCCUGUGGGCGGGGUCAGGGAGGGGCGGGGCCGGAGCCGGCCCAACGCGGAGCGCGGGGCAGUCACCGAGUGCAGUUCCCCUGGCUGGUUCCUUCUCCCGGCCAUGGCUCCGCGCUGCUGGCGCUGGUGGCACUGGUCGGCGUGGCCUCGGACCCGGCCGCCUCCCGUCGGGAGCACCCAGAGUUCCUGUCAGCAGUUCUCCACGCAGGAGCAGACCACCCAGAUCUGUGUGGUGGGAAGUGGCCCAGCUGGCUUCUACACUGCCCAACACCUGCUAAAGCAUCACACCCGGGCCCACGUGGACAUCUAUGAGAAGCAGUGUGUGCCCUUUGGCCUGGUGCGCUUUGGCGUGGCACCCGACCAUCCCGAGGUGAAGAAUGUCAUCAACACCUUUACUCAGACGGCCCGCUCUGACCGCUGUGCCUUCCAUGGCAACGUGGUCGUGGGCAGGGACGUGACCGUGCCAGAGCUGCGGGAGGCCUACCACGCUGUGGUGCUGAGUUACGGGGCAGAGGAUCAUCAGGCUCUGGGAAUUCCUGGUGAGGAGCUACCCGGUGUGUUCUCAGCCCGGGCCUUUGUGGGCUGGUACAAUGGGCUUCCUGAGAACCGGGAGCUGCUACCGGACCUGAGCUGCGACACAGCCGUGAUUCUGGGGCAGGGGAACGUGGCUCUGGAUGUGGCCCGGAUCCUGCUAACCCCACCUGAGCACCUGGAGAAAACAGACAUCACGGAGGCUGCCCUGGGGGUGCUGAGGCAGAGCCAGGUGAAGACGGUGUGGGUAGUGGGCCGAAGAGGACCCCUGCAAGUGGCCUUCACCAUUAAGGUGCUGGGGCCAGAGGGAGAGGGGCCAGGGGAAACUGAGUGUCCAGCCACCUCCCCUUUUCUUCAUUACCCUCUCCCAGGCCUCUACUGCAGUGGCUGGGUGAAGCGGGGGCCCACGGGUGUCAUCACCACCACCAUGACGGACAGCUUCCUCACCAGCCAGACUCUGCUGCAGGACUUGGAGGCAGGGCUGCUGCCGUCUGGCCCCAGGCCUGGCUAUUCGGCCAUCAAGGCCCUGCUCAGCAGCCGAGGGGUCUGGCCCAUCUCUUUUUCGGACUGGGAGAAGCUGGAUGCCGAGGAGGUGUCCCGGGGCCAGGGCGCUGGAAAGCCCAGGGAGAAGCUGCUGGAUCCUCAGGAGAUGCUGCGGCUGCUGGGGCGCUGAGCCCAGCUCCCAGCCGGCAGGGAGGGGAGGAGUGCUGUAGGGGAGAAGGGCCUGGGCUGUUCUGAUUGACGCUGGACCACAGCUGCAGCCCCUGCCUGCCCUGGCAUGGGGCCUUGGCUGCCUCUUUUCCAGGGGUCUCUGAACACUUCCUCCUGCCAGAAGGUCACCCUUGCCAGUGUAGGUUUAACUCUUAGCAAGGAGAUGACCUCAGUUAGGGAUGGGUGCAGGUACACGCUGACACCUUCCUUUCUCCCACCUCUCUCCUGCUGGACUGUGGAGGGUCACCAGGUCGGAAGUAUGCUGAAAAUAAAAUAGCUACGAGGGAGA